UUCUGCAUAAAUAUAUGUCUAUAUAGACUUAGGUAUUCCUGAUCGCACACGAUUCCGUACUGACUAUCGAGUAUUGUUCCUGUUCUUGUCUGGUGUUUCUUCUUCUUUCUUGAUUUUUUAGUCAUUCAAAUGCGUACUUUUCCUUUUUUCAUGCUUGUUCUUGUUUUGUACGAGAAGAAUUUGAAAAUUUUAGAGGAGCAGUCAGAUCUGUGGGUAAAAUUUUGCCGAACUGAGAAAAACAGCACUCGUAAAAAACAACUAGUUAUCCCAGAAAUUUUAAAUGGACACGUCUCAUGAUCUAUUUUGUUUCUCUGAUUGAAAACAAAUAGGCACUAAAGGUAGUGCCUGCUGAUUUAGUAUUUGCCUUGAAAAUGGUUAGAAUGAGCAAACUUAUCUAGAUACUGUCGUACGAAAAUCUACUGAUUUAUCACGCGAAAAAUUUGAAUUGAUAACCUAGACUUAUCUGGGGAAUAUUUCUAUUUUAAUGAAAAAAAAGGAAAAAAAUAUCACGUUUUGAAUUGAAAUUCUUUCCGCCCAAUCGAGACAAAAUGGGUGUCCUCAAAGUAUUAUUCUUUGGCAAACGUAGCAAUCCCCGGUGCGCCUUUGUUGCCUUAGUUCUGAUGGCUUCCAUCGUGACCGCCGGUGUGGGGCUAUUCUUACUCAAGAGUACUCCAAAAGCUGAGCCAACUCUUCGGUUUGUGAGCAUCAUUCAUCGUCACGGAGAAAGAGCCCCCUUGAUACCUUUUUCCUUCGAUCCUCACGAGGAAGCACCAUCUUGGCCAGAGGGGCUAGGAGCUUUGUUACAGAAAGGGAAAGAGACCAUGUACGAACUAGGGCGAUUUCUCCGACACCGAUAUGACGGAUUUGUUUCAUCUACUUACAAAGCAAGAGAGAUCUCUAUGGUCUCAGCCGAGAUAGACCGAUGCAUAAUGAGCGCUCAACUCGUAUUGGCUGGACUCUACCCUCCCGUUGGAAUCCAAGUUUGGAAUCCAGACAUUCCGUGGCAGCCAAUUCCAGUACACACUAUCCCUACGUCGUGCGAUGACAUACUACGAGUAUACAAAAAAUGCAUUCUAUUAUCGAAAGAGAGGAAGAAGCGGAUCGAACGAGUUCUUAGGCACAUCUUUGAAUACUACGAAACUUUUCUCAAGGACCUUUCACAAAAAGUCGGUCAAGAAAUAGUGGAUUACGCAGGGAUGUAUGCCAUCCAAGAUAAUCUUCAGGCCAUGGAAACGCUUCAAUUACCAUUACCUGACUGGGCUGAUGAAAUCGUUCGGGAAAAGUUGAAUUCUAUCGCGGGGUCAUUUUUUACAGAGUUUCGCACACCGACCAUGAUUAAGCUAGAAUCAGAUCUUGUACAAAAAUGGGGAUUUAAAUGAAAAUUUGGAGGUAUUGAAAAUAGGAAGCUGUCAACGUACUCCGCUUUCAUCAAAAGACGGAAUGUGCGACCUCAAAGAGAUUUCGGAGGCUCUAGAACCUGUCAUUAUCACCGACUUCGAUGAGGCUUGUGAGAACUGAAAAUAGCAAAUAUGUGUAUAAGUCGCUUUUAUGGCGCGCUAGGGCGCUCUGCGACGCCUACUCGCCACAGGAAUGUGUCAUGGUAGAGAUCCUCCGGAAGCUGUCAUCUUUCCUUCUCUUGACGGAUGCCCUCUAUCCACCGUCUCGCUGGACGCCCUCUCCAGCGUUUACCUGGAGGGAUAGUUUCAGGACAGUCCGUCAACGAUUUUUCGUCCGCGCGCUUGUUUUUUCCACUUGUUUACGACUUCACGUCGACGCGUAAAAUAAGCAACAGUGACUUGGUCCGAGCUAUAUAGUAUAGUCCGUACGUAAAAUUAUAUUGACAAUAUCGAAAUGAGAAAAUUGAGAGUGGGUGUGGUGUCGUGGUAACUCAAUGUUCAAAUGAAAUGUUACUUUCUUCUUUUGACUCAUCUUUUCUUAUUAUCAUCGGUGAAUAUUUUGUUUUAAUUAUAACCUUAAAAUU